CAGACGCGCACGGGGCUCUUCGCUCGCCCGUAUCCAGGAACAAUCCACUUUUCAUUCUUUAGGCAAUAAUAAUCACUUUUAAACGUCCACCAUGAAAGUCUCCAACAUAGACUGCCGGCGUCUGAAGAAAUUCAUCAGGAAAGAGUGCGGGAGCUGCCUUAUUGUGGAUUGCCGACCUUAUUUCUCCUUCACGAACUCUAAUAUCAAAGGCUCUGUCAAUGUUAAUCUCAACUCUGUGGUGGUCCGGAGAUCUCGAGGAGGGCCGGUGCCUCUGCAGUUUGUCAUCCCGGAUGAGAGAGCCCUGUUUCGCCUUCGGGAGGGAAGCAUAUCGGCCAUCGUAGCUCUCGAUGACCGGACGUCCCACUGGCAAAAAUUGAAAAAGGACAGUGUAGCACAAAUAGUAAUAAACACCCUCGCGCAUCUAGCGAGCGGGGCAAGCAUCUGUUUCCUGAAAGGAGGAUACGAGAACUUCCACUCUCAAUACCCUGAACUUUGCACUGAGGUGAAAACCAUUGACCAGAGCGGAACUGAAACCGAGAAAAGAGUCAACAGUCACAGCGAGAAGCUCUCUCACCACAAACCAGAUUACGAUCAGGGUAAACCUGUAGAGAUCCUGCCUUUCCUCUACCUCGGUAGUGCCUACCAUGCCUCCAGACAAGACUAUCUCAGCGACCUUCACAUUACAGCCUUGCUCAAUGUGUCACGCCGGGACCAGCAGCCCACCAAGGGCCACUAUGACUACAAGUGGAUCCCAGUAGAGGACAGCCACAUGGCUGACAUCAGUUCUCACUUCCAGGAGGCCAUAGAGUUUAUAGAUCAUGUAAAGCAAUCCGGAGGGAAGGUCCUGGUACACUGCGAAGCAGGCAUCUCACGUUCUCCUACCAUCUGCAUGGCUUACAUCAUGAGGACCCAGCAGCUGCGGCUGGAUGAAGCCUUCGACAUCAUUAAGCAGCGGCGGGCAGUCAUCUCACCAAACUUCAGUUUUAUGGGCCAGCUGCUGCAGUUUGAGUCAGAAGUCUUGUCAAACGCUCCGACUCUCAAUGCCACACCUGAACCAGCCACUCCCUGUGUCCCAGAGUCAGCCUCCUUUUUUGCCAAUGACUUCACCACCACCUUUAACACCAAAAACUUUGAGCCAUCCGUGUUCACCCUCCCUACCUCUUGCCUGCAGUCCCCAGUCCACCACCAGUUCAACCUGAGCCCAAUAACUGCACUGCCUUAAAAUGAACUGUGACUGCUUGUAGUCUUACUUGAAGAUAUAAAAAUCAAUGCUCUCUGUGUGCCUGGUGUUGAAACCAGCAGAGCAGACAGACUGGAGAUCAGCAACAGAAGAAUUCAAGAAUCAUAAUAACAGUUUUCACUUUACAGGACUUGAGGUCUAUUAAAUCCAUGGACCGCAGAACUGAUGCUGUUUUCCCGUCUUCUGUACUGCAGCGAUGAAACAACACAGCACAGUGAUAAACUGCAAUAUACAUGCCUUAGGUUGAUAUUGUGAUUUAUUUGCCUAUUCACAAAUACGGUCAGGCAUUUCAGACUAAUUUAUUUGAAAAUGAUGGUGUUUUUUUCAAAAAUGUGUAUAUAAAUAUGUGUUUAAUAAAUGUUUUCACUGCA